AAUGGCUCUACCCGUCGUCGCCGCCUUUCCGGUACCUCCGUUCACGCCGCGACCUGUAGCCGCGGAUGGCUUCGACGCCGGGGGCCGGCCCCGGCGGCGGCGUGGCAUCAUCGGCGCAGGCACCUUCGAGCUCGCCCCCCGGGUUUCACGAUGCCCCUCGUGGUCUGCGCAUAUCGAGGCCUCGGUGGAUCGUACGCACCGAGUCAAGCAUUAGGAGGGAGAGACCAAAAAGACCUGAUCCUCCCUGCACCAUCUGCAAAGGCACAGGCAAAAUAGACUGCCGUAACUGUUUCGGUCAAGGAAGAACAAAUCAUGCCAAUCUUAUCAUGCUUCCAAAGGGGGAAUGGCCACAAUGGUGCCGGAUAUGCGGUGGCAGCGGGUCAGAUUACUGCCACCGUUGCCAUGGAACCGGUGAAUAUCGAGAACCUAUGGGCUUUCACUUUGCCACUAUCCAUAGGAAAUGAACUUUCACCCUGGCAGUGUUGCAUGGUUAACGUAGUCAAACAGAUCCGUGUAAAGAAAUCAUAAUUGCUUCAUGGUAUUCAAAUCAUAGUUGCUGUUCGGCAACAUGCUGCAUGCCUCAAGGCUCGAGUACCAUCAACAGCAUUCCAGUUGAAGGAUCCGAUUUGAAUGCUACGAAUUUCAGUUCGUGGCCGCUGUGUUGUUCUAUUCAUUGUCGGACAAAGAAGCCGUUUUCAUGGAACGGUAGAAUACGUAUGACAAUAGCCCCCCCAAAAAAUGGCAAUACUUGUUUAUUCGUUGCGCCGCAACAAUUCUGAAGGUAAUACCAAAGUACUCUAUGUUUCAUAACGUAAGACUUUUUUUUG